CUCAUCCUGGCGUGCCUCCCUCCCUCUGCCGGCGCCGUUGAGAAUCUUUCAGCCUCUGGUGGAAUGCAUUUCGUGUUAGAGUAAGCCUGCCUUUGUUUCUGGCUGUGACAUUUGACGCGAGAUCAGUUCUUAAAGCUCUUAUAUUUGGAUAUCGAAAGUGAAUGUGUUUGGACAUUUUAAAGCUAUCCGGUGUAUAUGACCAUGUUGGUUUGGAGCAUUUAUAGUGUUACUGACUCUCCAUUCACAUGAUAUCUGUUGUUACAGAGGGUAAUAUUCACAGAUGACAUUGCUGAAGAGAUAUGUGUUGAGACUCUUCAUAUCAUUGAAAUAUAUCACAGCAAAUGUGGUAGACAGGAACAAUGGACGAAUAGUUGCGACGGCUUCAACAGUUGAACACGCUCUCAAAAACUCACUUGAAUGUGGGCGUUCUUGUAAUGCAAAGGCUGCAGCAGUUGUUGGAGAAGUGCUGGCAAUGAGGCUCAGAGUAGAUGGCCUCGAACAUGGCCAGGGCAGAGGCAUUCAUGUCAAUGUGAACAAGGAAAUCGAGAAGAAAGGCUUCCAGAAGCGCACAAAGAUUUGGGCAGUUGUGAAUGCCCUAAAUAACAAUGGGGUUAAGUUGAUUCUCGAGGACGAGGACAACAUUCCUCCUCCUGGCUCCUGCUACAUAAGAGACGAUUGCACCAAUCCAUGCGAUUGACUGGCUAGCUCGUAUCAUGUAAUCAUAUACAGUAUGAGAGGAUUGCUCUAUAAGGCAUAUCAAUACAUGAUCAACUUCUUAUAUGUUGAAGGGGGUUAUUACA